AUGCUGCGCUCAAAGAAUCCAUGCCAGCUCGUUUCCGUUCGUUAUGUCUCCACCAUAACCAACAAGGAAGCUUUAAAAAUUCACUAUCGUCGUGUUGAAAAGGCUGAACGAGAUGAGCGUAUUGAUCUGACCACCGCGCUGACUCCCGUUAGGACAUAUAUGGGUGGUUUUACCCGUCCUACGGAUAUUCGUGCUUCCCACUGGUGGCCAGGUGGUUCUUAUGUUUCCGAAGGCAAACAAUACGAAGAGCCUUCACCAUUUGCCUAUGAACCACACACCGUCUUUCUCCUCGAGUCUCGAUACGAUAUCAAAUACGAGAUUGGUCGCACAGACUCACCUGCCCAUAUCGUCGCAGUGUGUAGAGCUAGUGACUUUGAAGCUGUUCUCGAAAUGUUCAACUCAAGAUCCACUCCCCACGACUGCAAGCAGCUUAUGGACAAUGCUCGCUGGCCGUGGCUCACACCCAAGAAACAUCGGUCUAUAAAAUGGUGGACUUCAGCUGAAGAACGUUUGGAGGCUCUUCAUGAUCUCGGAUACAGUCCCCCGUCUCUUGGACAGCAGGCUGUUCAGGAUGCCCUUCAACAGGCUGUCCGGGACAACGAUGACGAGGAGUUCAAAGCGAAAAAGGACUUUCGUCGGCAUCUAGCUCAGACCGCUGCUGUAGCCGCACGUGUCUCAGAAGAACAGCAACUUUCAAAUAUAGCGACUGACAUCAAACCACUCCAAGGGAAGAUUCCCUUCGAGCUCGAGUUCGAAGAUGGUACUGUUGCGCACCCUAGUGGUUUUGUCCCACCGACACCCGCAGACAAACAGUACGAUCCCGAGUAUCAUCUCUCACCUCAUCCCCAUUCCAGAGUCGCCACCGAACUGCGUCGUCGACAGAUGGAAACAGUCAAUGAACACCAUUCGGAUUCUUUGGUUCCCAGAAUCGAACAAUGGAAAGCUCUCAAAGAGCGCAAGGAUCAAGAGGGCGGACUUAUGUCUACUCUUACUUCCGGAAUUCUUUCCGGAGGUGUCUCCGCUGCCACAGAACCCAGAGACGCGAAAAUUCCUACCGAAAUUCAUGGCGUGCACGAUAAUGCAGUCGCACAACCCAUGCAACAUCCUUCUGGCUUCGUUCCUCCCACCGCACGCAUGAGUCGCGGCGAAUCCGAUGCUCGUACAUCUGUCGUGAAAGGUCAGAAUAGCAAUUCCGGUGAGGCCCCGGAAGCUCCAGAAAGGUGGCCAACCUUCGCGUCGGGUGAUAUACACAAUGCAGACGAAGUAAAGUCUACCGUUGCUCCUUCUGGCAGUCCUCAGAAGCAUUUUCAAGAUGUGUAUCAUUUGAGGAAAGAGUAUUUCGAGUUCAUUAAGGAUGAGCCUUUUUGGCGUCCGUUAAUUUCCCUUACUGUAUCCACCCGUCCUAUUGCCAAAACCCUCGCUCGUCUAUCUCGCGGUCUUAGUCAGGGUAAACCAUUUUACAGUGUAGUUCCACCAGACGACCGCAAGUCAAAGGCAUCGUUUGCUGGUCGUCUUCGAUCUUUGCGUGUCACCCGCAUGCGAACUCUUGCUAUUGAAAUGGCUCAAUUGCUCGCUGGUGCCCGUGGCGGACCUAUUGGCGUCAGAUUUGACGAACAUUCUCGUGGUCGAGGUAUCGAUGGUGAGGGUUUGGAAAAGCCGAUCCCUUGGAACAAGCGGGUCAUUGGAGUCGGUAUAGGACAGUGGUAUCCUCUCUCGGACGAGCUCACGGAGAGCUUCAAGGUUCUUGCGGAGAAGGAGGUGACAGAGGUCUACGAAUCUGAUUUUGAAGGAAAAGACAAGAAGAGCAAAUCCCCAUUUUUGAUCUACCAGUUAGAUGACAACGGUCGCCCUAUUGGCGAGGUUCCUGAAUUUCCAUGGCCUGCAUUGGACAAGAUGAACGAUGAUGUUAGAACAGGCGUCCAAGCUAUGGAUAUGGUCAAGAAGAUGGAACGUUUGCUUUUACGUGAUCCUCCCGCAGGCAAGGUCUUGUCUAUUGUCGUCGAUCGUACCGAUUCUCCUUCCACGCAAUAUACGGAUCUCGUAAAUGCCAUAAGCGACCAUCAUACUCCAAUCACGAUCCAUUUUGUUGGUUAUGAGCAACCGCCUACAGAGCCAGCUGCAGGUUAUGAACUUCGGGGUGGGUUUGCUCGGGAAGCGUUGAAGAAGAGAAUCGACAGCUUUUACCGAGAACACACUGAUAGCAUUGCUUUGGCGAGGACAAUGCGUAUUUCCGGUGUAAUCUAUCCUCGCGUUGAGAGAGAUUGGUCAAGAGAAUUGGUGAAAUCAAGAGAAGUGUACCAAUUUACUCCUGAUGAUGAGCCCUGGACUGCAAAUCUUGACACAGAGAAUAGUUUAGAAGACGCAGAUGCGGAGUCGGAUUCGGAUAACACAAGUAGAGGCUGA